AUGUCUCAAUCACUCAGCAUAGCUGUUCAAGGUUGUGCUCAUGGUGAGCUAAGCACUAUUUACAAGGCCAUUGAAGACCGCUGCAAGACGAAAUGGCCGGAUCUGCUCAUCAUCUUGGGUGAUUUCCAGUCGCUGAGGAACGAACAAGAUCUGGAAUCAAUCGCAGUUCCUGAAAAGUAUAAGAAGAUGGGCGAUUUCCACAAAUACUACAGCGGGGAAUUGCAGGCUCCGUUGCCGACCAUAUUUAUUGGUGGAAAUCAUGAAUGCAUGCAAGGACUGGCCGAAUUACCUUUUGGAGGAUUCGUUGCCGAAAAUUUCUAUUACAUGGGCUAUAGCGGAUCCAUUGUGGUUAAAGGCGUGGUGAUUAGCGGACUGAGUGGCAUUUAUAAGCGCCAUGACUUCAAUGCUGCCCGACCUUCACUCGCAGUAAUCAAAUCACAGGGAUGGGGCAAAUACGUGCGCAACCUAUACCAUGUCCGGCAGUCCGAUGUCGAACCGCUGUUCAUGCUGGAUCACACAGAUGUAAUGCUCAGUCAUGACUGGCCUAACGGAAUUGUACAACAUGGAGAUACCAAGAGACUGUUGAAGUUGAAGCCAUUUUUCAAAGAAGACAUCAGAAGUAAUAACCUUGGGAGUCCGGUGAGCUGGCAGCUCUUGCGAAAGUUGAUGCCCAAAUGGUGGUUGAGCGCCCACCUUCACGUCAAAUUCGAAGCAGAAUUCGUUAACAACAAGAGAGGCCUAGAGGAACGGAAUCCCGAUGAGAUUGACCUAGAUUUAGAUUUCGACCCACAAACACAGGCGCCUGAAAAACCUCUUACUACCAGGUUUCUGGCCUUGGAUAAGUGCGGACGCAACCGGAAGCACCUGGAAAUAAUAACGCUGAGCGUGGACCCAAAUCACGCAACGUUUUACGACGGCCCGUUGAAAAUAUACUCAAAUCCAGAGUUCGUGGCAAACCGAAAGUUUUUGGCCGAACAUCCAUGUACAGAAAGGCUAGAAGGUCUCGAUUUCGAUCAACUUCGAGAAGACCGCGGUCCUCUCAAAGAUGUGAAUUGGGAAGAUUACGAACUCAAGGAUUUCAAGUAG